CUUUUAGCCAGCAACAAUUUCCAAACAGGCCGCUGUCACGUGACCCAUAGGGGAACGUCGAGGUCACUAGUCUUACUCCGUGGGCCUGUGCUCCUCUCGACUUGCUAGAUUAAAUUCAUUUAUACAAUCCGUCGCCGGCAAGUUUCAUUGCACCAACAGUGACACUCAUCUUACUCAAGCAGUAUAUUUAUUGCGUCACGCGAGAAAAACAAGCAGAUUGAGAGACGACGAGCAGCUGCAGUGUACAAUUUUCACUUGCCUGCCGGUACCCGUUUGCGAUGGCCGCAAAGAAAAUUUUGAACUUCGGAGCGGGACCUGCCAAACUUCCUCAGGAGGUUUUGCAAAAGGUUCAGGGUGAGUUGAUCGACUAUCAUGGUGAAGGAAUCAGCAUUUUAGAAAUGAGCCACCGGUCAAAAACCUACGCCGGCAUCAACGACGGCGCCCAGCAGAAGCUGCGUUUAUUACUGAACAUUCCGGAAAAUUUCAAAAUUCUGUUCCUGCAAGGCGGUGGAACCGGACAGUUCGCGUCGGUACCGCUGAAUUUGAUCGGAAAAACGGGAAAGGCGGACUACAUUGUUACCGGAAACUGGUCCAGAUUGGCUGCAAAAGAAGCUGAACAGUACGGAAAAGUGAAUUACGUCCUGCCCGAGACGAAAACGUUCAUUGGACCUCCACCAAAAGAUCAGUGGAAGUUCAGCCCUGACGCUUCCUACGUCUACAUCUGUGAUAACGAGACUGUCUAUGGAGUGGAAUAUCCUGAGGUGCCGGACACCAAUGGCGUUCCUUUGGUAGCUGAUAUGUCAUCGAAUUUUUUGACACGACCCAUCGACUUUUCUAAGUACGGAGCGAUAUUCGCCGGAGCGCAGAAGAACGUUGGCCCUGCCGGAGUGACAAUUGUGAUUAUCCGCGAGGACUUGCUCAACAACGCCCUGCCAGUAUGUCCCACGAUCCUAAACUACACAAUCAUGGCGCGAGACAACUCCUUGCACAACACUCCGCCAGUUUUUUCAAUCUACGUGAUGGAUUUGGUUUUCAACUGGAUCAAGAGCCAAGGGGGGCUGAAGGAGAUGAACCGGAGGUCGCAGGUCAAGUCGGGCCUGAUUUACGACACAAUGAUUGCGACUAAGGGAUUUUACUCCUGCCCCGUGAACAAGAGCAGCCGCAGCAGAAUCAACAUUCCCUUCCGCAUUGUGCCGGCUGAUGUAGCGAAACAAGCGGAACUUGAGGAAAAAUUCUUGGCAGGAGCCGAGGCUUUGGGUAUGAUCCAGCUCAAGGGACACAGGUCCGUGGGCGGAAUCCGAGCCUCAUUGUACAACGCGGUCGGCGUGGAGGACGUGCAGGCGCUCGCCGACUACAUGACCAACUUCUACGAGACAGCCAGCAAGUGACCGCCAGCAUGUGUUUGUUCGCGUUGUCGUAAUUAUUAGUUCAAGCGCAUAAUCCUGUCAUCGACGCCUGGUUAGCAUUACGACGAGGAUGAGUUUGUCGCAACAGGGGGGGAGCGCGAGGCGAUAUUGAUAACGCGCGACUCUACGGAUGACGUGGGAGCCGCACUCUCCUCCCGACUGAAACACCAUAUAAUAUUCAUCGUUUCAAUUGCGCAUUUUCACUUGUUCAAAUAUUUAAGGAAAUGGUAUUUUGGAAAAUAAAAUAUUCUAGACAUUACUUCUAAGUACAAAAAGGAAGGGCGUUAUUUUCAUGGUUCAUGGAUUUAAAAUUUUGUGUAUUCCUUACCAAUUUUAUUUCCUAAAUUGAUUCUGGUUUCAUCUGAGAAAAAAAUUAGAUGUUUUUUUUUCAAGUUUAGGUAUACUUCUGAUGAGAAAAAAAUUAGCAAUAUUUUUAAAAUACGUGAAUUUUAGGUCUGAUGCAGAUGAUAACGAACGAUUAAUAUACUAUGUUUUCAAACAGAAGAAUAAAAUUAAAAAGGGACGAAAUAAUUUAAAAUAAAUACCUCAAUUAUACCUGUAGUUCAUUGGUGCUAAAAUGUGCAUUUUAUAUUAUACAUUCCUUCUGCCAUUUGAA